UAAAUAACUUCUCUGUCGCACUUUUCACACUGUGACAGAAAAAAAACUGACAACAAAAUAAAAGACCCAGAGCAGCCCCGCCCACUCCUCCUUCACAUCAGAGAAAGUUGCUGUGAUAAGCUCUGCAGAUGACUGAACACGGCAAUUAGACAGCAUACUGUUUGUUUAACAAAAUGUUUCCUCUCCGACGCUCUUGAGUUAUCGUGGCCAUUAGCCGCCUGAUUCCCAGUAUUUGUCUGGGCGCCGCUCUGAGGCUCUGUCUCCAUCAGCGGCUUUGGGUUUUGUCACCGCCGCGACCCCACCACGGAGGACACAUGGUGCGCCGCUGCUGACGGGGCUGCUGCAGCUGGAUUGCAUAUUCAUCCCGAUGGAGCCAUGUUGGAUCUCAGUGGUGGUCCACUCCCCCGUCCUCCAUCUAUCAGACAGAGGCCAUUUUGUGUCACGUUCUGACAUAUUUGCUGACAUGUUUCAUUUGGGAACAGAUGUUGAUUUGAAGGAGGUGCAGAUGGAAAUCGCUGCUUUCUAAAUUCAGUUAUUAGACGUUCGUGAGUAAUUGUUUUUGCAAACUGCUUACGAGACAACUAUUUGCUGCAAAAGUGUCAGAAUUAAGUGUAACGGAGGAAUGUGAUGAUAUGCUUUAUUAUUAUAAGUCACAUUGAUCUCCCCAAUAUGACAUGCUCUCUCUGUUCACUCUCAAUUUAAUGUCUUGAAAUGUUCUUUAGCGUUUGGAGAAAACAAACACUCUGAAGAUGCCACCUUGUGUUCUGGGAUAUUAUACAAAGCCUUUCUUGCUAUUUUGUGACAUUUUAUCUCUAAAAACAAUACAUUUAUAAAUCUUUGAAAAAGUUAAAUUUUUUUUAUUCCAGAAUUAUACUAGAAUCUGUAUUUAUUGAUCUAUUCAUUAAUCCUCGUGAGUUUUGGAUUGUAUGUAAUAUUGCAAAGAUUCCAAAUUAUGAUCAAAACCUCUAGUAGCAAAGUUUUUAAUGGGGCUGAUAAGUUAUCCGAGUUGUUUUCCUCCACCAAAGUGCACCUGUUCUUUUCCAAAUUGGCCGACAGUGUCUGUUCGGGUGGCGAUAAAGAUAAAUGGCUUUAACUGUGGGUCUGUCUCUCUCCCCUGCUCCCCUACACCCCGGUCCUUCUCGCCAUCUCCUUCCCCUCCCUCCCUCCCUGGCUAUGGUCAGAGUGCCAGCUGAUGAAGACGGAACGGCCCAAGCCCAACACAUUUAUCAUCCGCUGCCUGCAGUGGACCACUGUCAUCGAGCGCACCUUCCACGUGGAGACCCCCGAGGAGAGGGAAGAAUGGACUAAAGCCAUCCAAACUGUGGCUGAAGGCCUGCAGAAACAAGAGGAGGAGAUGAUGGACUCCUCUCCGGACCCCAUGGACAUGGAGGUCUACCUGACCAAACCCAGGCAGAAAGUGACUAUGCAUGACUUUGAAUACCUCAAACUCCUGGGAAAAGGUACUUUUGGCAAAGUUAUCCUGGUAAAGGAGAAGGCCACAGGACGCUACUACGCCAUGAAGAUCCUGAAGAAGGAGGUGAUCAUAGCAAAAGAUGAAGUGGCGCACACACUCACAGAGAACAGAGUCCUCCAGAAUUCAAAGCAUCCGUUCUUGACGGGACUGAAAUACUCCUUCCAGACACAUGACCGCUUGUGCUUUGUCAUGGAGUAUGCAAACGGUGGUGAGCUUUUCUUCCAUCUGUCAAGGGACCGCGUAUUCUCAGAAGAGCGGGCACGGUUCUACGGCGCAGAGAUAGUGUCGGCGCUGGACUACCUACAUGCUGAAAGAAACGUGGUCUAUCGAGAUCUGAAGCUGGAAAACCUUAUGUUGGACAAAGACGGACACAUAAAGAUCACAGACUUUGGCCUCUGUAAGGAAGGGAUCACAGACGGCGCCACCAUGAAAACUUUCUGUGGGACGCCCGAGUACCUCGCACCUGAGGUGCUAGAAGACAACGACUACGGCCGCGCUGUGGACUGGUGGGGUCUGGGGGUGGUGAUGUACGAGAUGAUGUGCGGCAGGCUGCCGUUCUACAACCAGGACCACGAGAAGCUGUUCGAGCUCAUCCUCAUGGAAGACAUCCGCUUUCCCCGGACUCUCGGCCCCGAGUCCCGCUCGCUGCUCUCCGGACUUCUUAAGAAGGAACCAAUGCAAAGGUUAGGUGGAGGGCCAGACGAUGCCAAGGAGAUCAUGCAGCACAAGUUCUUUGGAGGAAUCGAAUGGCAAGACGUGUAUGAGAAGAAGCUGGUCCCGCCGUUUAAGCCCCAAGUUACCUCGGAGACGGACACUCGAUACUUUGACGAGGAGUUCACAGCACAGAUCAUCACUAUUACGCCUCCCGGACAAGAUGACAGUAUGGAGUCAUUCGACAGCGAGCGGAGGCCCCACUUCCCCCAGUUCUCCUACUCUGCCAGUGGGACGGCCUAAAGGACUCUCAUAGAUUCCCUUGGUCCCACCGUCUCCCCUCACCCCACCCGACUGCACUCUCAAAAGACCGGAGCCACAGCUCCGUCCUCCCUGCAUUGUCCGUCGAUGCCGUCGGUGGAUGUAACAUCAACAAUCUGCAAGGAAAUUCAAGACCAAACAAAGAUACCUGUGGUUGUUGUGUGAGGCCUUUGGAGACUGACCACGGAGAGAGUUAACACUAGCCUGCAUCUCCUAGUUGUUGUGUUGUAUACUGAGCAGGCAUCCAUACACUAUAACGAAUGGGGAAUGUAGUUCUGUUAUGCACAAAUUAGGCCACUGAUGUGAAUUUUGUAUUGAAAAUAUUCAAGUGAAUAUGAACCAACCAUUUCAAAUAGAAAUAUGAAUACUGUGGACCAAAAAGAUCAUUUGAGAGUGUGUUGUUUGUUGAGUGGGUAAUAAAUCCAUGUUUUCUUCUCCAAGACUUCUGAACAAUUCAAAUACCAUUCCGACAGACAUUUUUGGCUUCUAAAGUGAAUGUACCGUAUCAAAUAAAGUCAACCCUUCUGCAUACUUGUAACACAUGGCUGAUUCUGCUAAGACUGAAACACCAUCUUCUGGAGGGGAUUGUUAUCACUUUUCUACUACCUUGAUGCAAAUCGAGCACCAAUCUGUCUGUUUUUUUGAUCAUGCUACACCACAAUGAGUCUGAUGAAUCAAUUGUGCAAUACGGUCUGAUGUGAGGAAUGGUGGACUUGCAAAAGAAAAAGAAAAGCGAAAUAUUCCUAAGGUAAACGCUGCAAUGAAUUCCUCUCGACUGUUUUCACACCAGUCACUGAGAGCCCCAGAUUCCUGUUCAGGGUCACACAUAGAUCCUCCAGCCCCCUUGAAGUAAGUGCUAAUAGUUCCUGAUGCCUUCCUAUCUUGAUGCUGUGCUGCAGAUACCUCGUGGUUUCCUUCUGAUCGGGGAUCAGCCACUGCUGACUCAUCAGAAACUUCUCUCCUCUGGGCUUUUCCUCCAUGUACAGUACAGUAUUGGGUGUUUUCCACCCAGUGCAUUCACUGCAGCCUCAAUGAGGUCACUUUAACAUAAUACACUUCUUUAGAAAUGCUUUGCUAAUAAACUGGGCUUCAGGGGAAACACACAUAUUUGAAUUGCUACUUUUGGACCCUUUAGUCCCUUCACAUGUUUGAGUUAUUUAUAUGAGACCAGCAUUGACUACAUUUAGUUUUAUUGUGCCAAUGAUAUGCACUUUGCUGCCCCAAAAUGAUUGUAUUUGGAAUCUUAUUCGUUUACUUUAUGGUUGGUUAAAGACUAAAUUAGCUUAUUUUUAAGUUUAAAUGAUGUGGAUACAAAUAAAAACAAGAAUUGCUUGUGUGAAUGAUUACUCCCUUUUUUACAGACAGCUUAGGCUAAACAGACGUUUGGGAAGUGAAAGUUUCAUUUCAAAGUGUUUCAAACAGAAGUCUCAAAGCGCUCCGGUGAUUUUUUUUUUAAGUUGACAUUUUUCAAAAUUGCAUCAUGCGUUAUUGAAUGUAAUGGUUUUUAUGAUAUUGUCUUCACUUCAAUAAUUUGCAAACCUUUUGUUCAGUUUGAUUGUUACGUAUUCCUAUGCACGCUCGCCCUUUUGCUGUCACCUUCUGGAAAUAGGGAAAUUAAUUUGAUACUUUUUGUUUUUUAUUUCAACUUUUGUACCUGCCCUCCCAUAUUUCUGAGACUGAGGACACCAGCUUUAGUAAACACACAAUAUAAACUUUGUACACAGUUUUUACUUGUUUCUUUCAAAUUCAUGAAAUAAAAGGUCUUAACAAAAAGCUG